AUGGCGCCGCCGCCGGAGCUGAAUCCCGACAUCGUGGACGAGGUCCUCGUCCGCCUUCCGCGGGACGACCCCGCGGGCUUCAUCCGUGCCUCCUCCGUCUGCAAGUCCUGGCUCGGCACCCUCACCAAUCCGGCCUUCCUCCGCCGCUACCGUGACUUGCACGGGACGGCGCCCCUCGUGAUCGGCUUCCUACACAACCCGGUCGACCGCAGCCUCGCUCGCUUGGUCCCCACCACGGCGUUCCGUCCGCCCGCCGCCACCGACCAUAGCACCACCGUCGUGCUCGACUGCCGCCAUGGCUGCGCCCUCUUCUACGACUACGGAUCCUCAGAAUUCUUCGUAUGGGAUCCCAUCACUGGCCGCGAGCGCCGGAUGCGCGACGACGUGCCCCAUCGCUGCACGAACCACACGGUGCUCUGCGCCGCGGGCGCCGGCUGCGACCACAGCGCCUGCAGCGACGGGCCGUUCCUCAUGGCCUCCGCGGGCGUUGAGUGCAUAGACUUGGUGCAGGCGGACGCUUGCGUCUAUUCGUCGGAUACCGGCGUGCGGAGAGGACCAGACGGCAUCUACCUCGAUUUCAUCCCCGAGGAAGCAUACGAUGAAAACUGUCCAUACUACCUCCAUAGUGAUCGGCCUGGUGUGCUUGUUGGGGGCACGCUCUACUUCCACUAG